AUGUUCAUCGAAGAAGGCGCAAGCGAUGUAGAGGGAUUCAAAGCACUAGAAAAGUCUUUUUCUCAUCAACAUCGAGGACAGCAGAGCCAUUCCCACUUCAUGCGACCUCUCUGUCAAACUUCAACAAGAGCUGCUCGCAUUGCACAAAUACCUGCUGAGCCGAUUGAGGAGCCCGGACCACCGAGGAUUGUCAUAAAUGGCACAGAUGCAAAGGGAUCUCCAAAGCCUGCCUCCAGGAGCUCUACAUUCCGGGAGGAUAGUAAUGACUUCUUCAAGUCUCAUGGAAAGGACCAUGAGAAAGGGGCACACAAGGAUAAGGGAAAGAAGCCUCAUGCUAAAGGAAACAAGUCACCGAAGCUGAACGACACGCCUGGCAAAGACAAAGACACACCUCAAGAUGGCUGUCAAAUUCCGAGUAAUCUUAAGGGCACUCAGAUAUGUUCAGGACAUUCUUGA